AGGCGCUGGCGGGCAGUGAUGGCGGCGGGUGAUGGGGACGUAAAGCUGGGCACCCUGGGGAGCAGCGGUGAGAGCGGCGGCGACGGCGGCGACGGGAGCCCUGGCGGCGCGGGAGCGACGGCGGCGGGGAGCAGUUGGGCGGCGGCGUUGCUGGCGGCGGGCGGGGAGAUGCUGCUGAACGUGGCGCUGCUGGCGCUGGUGCUGCUGGGGGCCUACCGGCUGUGGGUGCGCUGGGGGCGGCGGGGUCUGGGCGCGGGGCCCGGAGCAGGCGAGGAGAGCCCGGCCGCCACGCUACCACGCAUGAAGAAACGGGACUUCAGCCUGGAGCAGCUGCGCCAGUACGACGGGGCGCGCACGCCGCGCAUCCUGCUCGCGGUCAAUGGGAAAGUCUUCGACGUGACCAAAGGCAGCAAGUUCUACGGCCCCGCGGGCCCAUAUGGAAUCUUUGCUGGCAGGGAUGCCUCCAGGGGGCUGGCGACAUUCUGCCUGGAUAAGGAUGCACUUAGAGAUGAGUAUGAUGACCUCUCAGAUUUGAAUGCAGUGCAAAUGGAGAGUGUUCGAGAAUGGGAAAUGCAGUUUAAAGAAAAAUAUGAUUAUGUAGGCAGACUCCUAAAGCCAGGGGAAGAACCGUCAGAGUACACAGAUGAGGAGGACACCAAGGAUCACAGUAAACAGGAUUGAACUUGGUGAACAACCAAAGCCAGGGGCCUUCAGAACUGCAACUCUUACUCCUUUCAGAGAAUGUCCAGUCUUUGGGUGUGGUGCACCUGCUGUGAGAAACACUUCACCAGAGUAUACAAGAUGACGUGCUUCACUAUGAAGAUCUGAGUAUGAGGCAUUGUUUGUGCAGUUUGUAAUGUCUGGUGGGCUUCAGCAUCCUGAAAAGGAGACAGGGCCUUCUUAACUGCAAGAAAGUCACCAGGUUACCUUGACCCUCCCCUCCCUCUCUCUCCUCCCUUCCUUCUUCCCUCUUUCUUCCUCCU